UUCUUGUCUAUAGUAAAUAAACAACCAAACAAAAAUCAUGGGAAUGUUUAUUUAUUUCUGAACAGGUGCGGAAGUCAGUCUACUUUUGCCACUUUUGCUUAUCAGUCAGAUAACAAGUGAACCAUUCACAUAAUAGCAAAAAAAAAAAAACGUGUUGACAUCAACCAAUUGGAAACGAUGAGUGCCUCUACCGGAGCCCGGGACCUUUCAAAGCUAAAUGUGGGUUUUAUCGGUGGUGGAAACAUGGCUUAUGCCAUUGCUGCUGGACUAUUUAGAACGGGUGUUCUGCAGCCAAACCAAGUAAUUGUUUCGGCUACCAAUUUGAACAAUUUGAGAGUACGUUGGAAUCCGUUGGGUGUCACUAGAGUAACCACGAGCAAUGCACAGGUGCUACAAGAGGCAGAAAUAGUGUUUCUCUGUGUUAAACCGCAUGUUCUACCGGCAUGCAAGGAGUCCAUUCUAGUUGAGGCCGAGUCGAUUCAACAUCUGGCCUCUCACUGCCAUGAAAAAGUUAUGGUUUCAAUUUUGGCUGGCGUUACCUUAGCAAGGUUGAAGGAUACGUUUUCGUUUUUGAACAUACAACACGUGCGCACGAUGCCCAACACACCAAUGCAAGUUGGAGCCGGCUGUACCAUAUAUAGUGCAGGUUUCGGAAAACAUUGUCCAGGGAUUGUUCUCAGCUAUUAUGAAGACAUCAAAUUUAUGCUGAACCAGCUAGGUUUGGCAUAUGAAGUGAACGAAGCACAGAUGGAUGGUAUCACUGGCCUUACUGGAUGUGGUCCUGCCUUUGUCUACGAAAUUAUCGAAGCGCUAGCUGAUGGAGGGGUGAAGCAGGGUAUUGCUCGCGACAUGGCUCUUAAGAUGGCAGCACAAACAGUUAUGGGAGCUGCAAAAACAGUACUGGAAACUGGAAAGCAUCCGGCUGUGCUUAAGGACGAGGUCUGCUCCCCGGGAGGAGCUACCAUUCAUGGUGUACAUGAGCUCGAAAAAGGUGCGAUGCGAGCAACGUUGAUGAACGCAGUAGAAAAAUCUGCUGCUCGAGCAAAAGAACUCUCUUAAAUGUUUUGUGACUGUACCAACUGUACCUUAAUCCAACUUACAGCAAUGGUCGUAUUGUUUAUGUUGAAAUUGUCUCUAAUAGAAUUACAAUAAUAGCUCAUACUUCAAAAA